UGUAUAAUACAAUGUAAAUAUCUUUUCACAGGACUAUGGUCCUGACACACAUGUAUCUAAGGUUUCUAAAUACAUUCAUCAUCCUGGUUUUGUCAUGGCAGACCUACAUAAGAAAAACAAUGAUAUUGCAUUAUUGAAAAUGUCCAAUCCGGUGCCAAGUAAAGAUUUUCAACCGAUUAUUAUUGGUCCACCAAAUAUUCCGAAAAUAGGGGACAUGUGCAUGGCUAUGGGAUGGGGGUGUGAUAAAUAUGGGUCAGAGCAACCAACACAAAAUGAGCUUUAUGAAGUUAUUUUACCAAUUCUUUCAUUGAGCGAAUGCUCCCAGACAUUUAGCGAACUAUGUAGUGGGAACACGUCAACGAAAAUAUGUGCUGGAUAUUUUGAACGAGACAGAGGAAUAUGUCCGGGCGAUAGUGGCGGACCCUUAAUCUGUCGUUUUAAGCAAGAAUGGGUACUUUCAGGGAUCACGUCAUUUACUCUCAGUCACCUUCCGGCAAUCUUCACGAAAGUAACAUCCUAUGAAAAAUGGAUUAACGAAACUAUAUACAACGAUUUCAAAGAAAAUUCAGACCAGUUAGCAGACGAAGACCGACAUGAAAUUUUUCCACAUUAUAUAAAGCGAAUUUCUGGGAAUUAAAAUGAUCGACCUAUCACGUAUAAUAAUCUUAAUACUAUAAUAAACCGCAAUUACUACUGCUCUAUUUUUACAAUCGUAAAUAUUAUUGGUUUGCUUGCGUAAAAUCAACUUCAUCUGAUUCUCAUUCCAAACGAAAAUAAAUAUAUCUCCUAAAUGAGAAUGCCCAAAGACGGUGUGAUUUCGCCAAGUGACAAUAUAUGUUUAUAAAAACAAUUAAAUGCAUGUUCUAUUCCACUACAACAAAAAUACUCAGAAUAGUUUAUAGAUUUGAAGUAGCUUAAAACUUACUACUAUAUCAUAUAUACGACAUCUUAACACUAUGUUUGUGAAGGCGCAUGGCUCAGUAGUUUGAGCGUCGAGCUUACGAUCGUGAGGUUGUCUGUUCGAUUCCUGGACCGGGCUGCGUAUUGUGUUCUUGAGCAAGACACUUUAUUUCACGUUGCUCCAGUUAACUCAGCUGUAGAAAUGAGUUGCGACAUCACUGGUACCAAGCUGUAUCGGUCUUUGCCUUUCUCUUGGAUAACAUCGGUGGCGUGGAGAGAGGAGGUUGGUAUGCAUGGGUGACUGCUGGCCUUCCAUAAACAACCUUGCCCGGACUUGUGCCCCGGAGGGUAACUUUCUAGGUGCAAUCCCAUGGUCAAUGACCGAAGGAGGUCUCAAAUACUGUUUAUAUCU